UCCAGUGCAGGUGUGCUGCAUGAUGUUUGGCAGGGCCAGGCCAGCCUGGCACGAGCAGCAGGAGGCUAAGUUCACCCUGAGCUGCAGGCAGGCUGGUGUCUCCCUGUAGGAAAGCUUUUUCAAUUAUUUCAAAUACCUCCCACUCACACACAAAGUCCAUGUUUUGUAAUAAAAACAAGGAGAAAAUCUCAUCCAAAGGAAUUUUACCUAUUUCUUCCUCUACUUAUUCCACUGAAGUUAUAUUUUUUUUUUUAAAAAACAACACCCCCAAAACUGGCCAGCAGAACAACAAAGCAGCUAAGACGCUCAUUUAAUAACCUCAUUCUUCAAAAUCCAUCUUGCCCUUCAUACUAACAGGUUUCAAAAACAGUCCUAUAUCAUCCAGUAUUUUACAAUUUUUUUAAAGGCUUCACUGCAUUUCUCCCUUCAUACAGAUAAUGUUUUUCCUUUGAGAGAGAUGCAGAGAAUAGUGCAAAUUUUCCAGUAACUGGGAUUUUCCCCGCAAACUUGGGCAGGCAUUACCCUAUUCAGCUACAGAGAGGCAAAGCUUUGCAAGUUACUCCUGUACGGAAAGGAGCAGGAAGACCAAGAAGACAAGGGGGACAUAUUCCUGCCUCCCCCAUUCCCCACCCCGCCCCCCCCCCCCAAAAAAAAAAAAAAAAAAAACAAAAUGUUGCUUAGGAUCCAUGUGCCCAAAUGAGCUGCAGUGGGUUAGUUCAGUCACACCAGCGCAGCCAAGCCACAAUAACUGAUCAUGCACAGGCUGUCCUCCCACUCCAAAGCUCACCAUUGAGCUUUAAGCAGAAAUACCACAUCCCAAGGCCCUAAUCCUUUAGCUCACAGCAGCACAGCCAGCUGUGGGCUAAAAGCCACAUUAAACUCAUUGGAGGAGAAGCAUUUGCUGAAAUGCUUUGCUGAACAAGGAUGUGCGACUGUGCUUGGACUUUACAAACUCCUGUACAUCUUGGCUCUGGUUUUCUUUGCCACAUGGCAGCUGGUUAUGUUCAAGAAUUCCUGGCAGGGAAAGUGACUGUAGAAACUCAGCUGUGCAGCAUAUGCUCCAUCUAGUGUUUAUUCAUAGUAUUUAAUUUUCUUAAAAAGGUUUGGUUUGCUGUUAACAUGUUUCCAUCUCUUUUGUAGUUCAUACGUCUAUAUAUGAUCAUUGUUGAAAAUAACCUUCUACUUGUUUCAACUACACCAUUUUGAUCUAGCCUCCACUUACACCUUCAGUAAGGAUUAUACACGGAUUUCCAUUUAGAGAUUAAAUCUCCUAAAGCAAAAUGAAGGGAAAAUGUUUGAAAAGAGUAGCAAGGGUUUCCCAGGUGCUUUGCUAACACAAAGUGAAUGGAAAACUUCAAGGAGGAGUAAAACAUAAAACUUGAAGGACACAUAGGGGAAAGUUUCUCCCCAUAAACAAUACUUCCCAGACAUGAGAGCACAGUGCUGAACCCCUUUUCUAUAGACUGAGGUACUUUUUUUGUCCUCUGUGUCAAGCCAGGCUGCUGGGGAGAGGACAGGAAAACAAGCAGGUGACGCAAUGCCCUUGCUGUCUCUUCAGCUGCCCUCAUCACACCAGAGCAUAGCAGCUUCUGGGAGCCAGUCCUGAUAAGCAGUUUGGCAAAGCUCUGGAGUACAAAUGACCUAGAAAUGCACCCAGGUUGGGUACAUUUGGAUGCAAGGCAUCUUUGCAUGGUAGAAAAAAGGGACAGCAGCAACAGCCAUCAGGCUUGGCAAUUGCCAUGUGUAUUUGGAAAGGACAGGACUUGCAUGCCGAAUUUGGUUGUGGGGCAAAUAUUCCAACACAAAGAGUCUCUUUUUACCACAUGCUCUCCCCUAAUUUGCACUACUUGAGGGAGUUCCUGGUUCCUAAUUUGCUGCUCAGCUGAUGGUAAUGCCCUUAACUGCAAAAGGUAAAGCCAACAGCAGGUGGGACAAGAAGUCCCAAGCUAACAUUUUGAUAAAGUAAAAGAAAGCAACCCCAACCCCAUUCUGUUGUGUUAGCAGGAUUGAUGAGAUGCUGGGAUGGGCUGCCUUGCAGUGGGCCAGGAUCUGCAGUGGGGGACACCUUGAGAAAAUAUUUGAACAUUCCCAGAGAAAGGCUUGGGUUGGCUGAUCCUACCUGGAGCGGUGGCAGCCUAAGCAGGCCCACUUUUUCUGCAAGGGGGCUGAGAGCAUCCCAGCCCAGCUAAGAGGAGAGCUGGCAAGGAGCUGCUGUGAUAGAAGCAGACAGCCCUUGGACACUGCAGCCACAGGGCACAAUCCCAGGCACAGACAGAAGCUCAGAAACAAAGCUUUCCUUGCUGUGGAAAGCAGAAGGGGAACUGACAGUACAGCUUCCUUGGGCAGAAGACAUUUUGGAGAUCCCCACAUCCCCUGCCUGCUCUUCCCCUGUGCCAGAGCUUGCAGCAGAGCUCCUCAAAGCUGUGGCACUCACACAGGUGAGAAGGCAGCAAACUGGGAGCAAGCCCCUGUGUGGAGUAACCACAGAGGGCUCCUCUGGGGUGGCAUAGAAGUAAAACAUAAAAGGGCAUUUGCUGUAAUAGUACUGCUUGAGUAGAGCCUCCAAUAAACCAGAUACAAGCCUGCUGCAGGAUAUCCUCCAGGGCAGCACACAACCCGGGGCCACUUUGCAAAGAUUUAGGUCUAGUUUGCUGCAGAAAAUGAGAACAGCUUGCCCUAAUGGGGAAUGCAAAACAUGAAAAAACAUCUUCUUCCAACUGCGUGUUUUGUGGUGCUUUUCACAGGUGAUGGUCAUGCUGCUCUUCCCUGUGCAGCUGCUGGCAGUGGCUGUAACUGUUUACCUAGAGCUGGUGAGGUCUGCUCAAGGUGGAGCCUACUAUGGGAUCAAGCAGCUGCCACCUCAGGUGCCCCAGUACCAACCCCUCGGACAACAAGUACCUCACAUGGCACUGGGCAAAGAAGGCAUCCCGAUGCAGCACCUGGGCAAGGAGGUGCCCCACAUGCCCUAUGGGAAGGAGUAUCCCCAUCUGCCCCAGUACAGGAAGGAGGUCCCGCAGAUGCCCAUGCUCGGCAAGGAUAUGGCUCCCAAGAAAGAGAAAGAAAUUCCCAUGCGCAGUCUGAGGGGUGAGCAAGGCCCCCCGGGUGAGCCUGGACCAAGAGGGCCACCAGGGCCACCAGGAUUACCAGGUCAUGGUGUGCCAGGAGCCAAAGGAAAACCAGGCCCACAAGGAUACCCAGGAAUUGGGAAGCCGGGUUUGCCAGGGAUGCCAGGAAAACCGGGGGUCAUGGGGCCCCCAGGGCCAAGAGGGGAGAUGGGGCCGAAGGGGGAGAUUGGGCCCAUGGGGAUACCUGGACCGCAAGGACCACCAGGGCCUCACGGGCUUCCUGGCAUAGGGAAGGUGGGUGCUCCGGGGCUGCAGGGGCAACCAGGGCCAAAGGGUGAGCCUGGGAUUAAGGGGCCACCGGGAAUCCCUGGGAUCCCAGGGCCAAAAGGGGAGAAGGGGGUUGGGAUCCCGGGUUUGCCAGGUCUGAAGGGUCCACCUGGGCUGCCUGGUCCCCCCGGCCCCGUGGGGCUGCCAGGCGUUGGCAAACCCGGCAUGGUUGGCUUCCCUGGCCCGCAGGGACCACUGGGCAAACCCGGACCCCCAGGAGAGUUAGGGCUGCAGGGGCCUCCAGGGGCCCCCGGGAUCCAAGGCCCUCCCGGCUCACCUGGCAUUGGCAAACCAGGUCAGGAUGGCAUACCUGGCCAGCCCGGCUUCCCAGGUGGUAAAGGGGAGCAGGGAUUGCCAGGCCUGCCGGGGUCCCCCGGCCUGCCCGGAAUUGGGAAGCCGGGCUUCCCCGGGCCCAAAGGGGAGCGAGGUGUGGGCGGUCUGCCUGGGCCCCUGGGGCCAAAGGGGGAGAAGGGGCACGCGGGGCCACCUGGCAUGGGAGGGCCACCAGGGGAGCCCGGCCAGCCAGGCCUGCCGGGCAUCAUGGGCCCUCCGGGGGCCGCCGGUUUCCCAGGACCUAAAGGGGAGGGGGGUGCCGUAGGACCACCAGGACCAGUCGGCCCCAAGGGGGAACCCGGCCUGCAGGGUUUUCCAGGAAAGCCAGGCUUUCCUGGGGAAGUGGGUGGCCCUGGGCUGCGCGGGCUGCCGGGCCCCACAGGACCCAAGGGGGAAGCCGGACAGAAAGGCUUGCCGGGGAUGCCGGGUGUCCCGGGACUUGUGGGACCAAAGGGUGAGCCCGGGCUCCCCGGUGCCCAGGGCCUUCAGGGCCCCUCGGGCAUCCCGGGCAUCGCGGGACCAAGCGGUCCCAUCGGCCCCCCCGGGCUGCCAGGUGCGAAGGGCGAGCCAGGCAUGCCCGGACCCCCCGGCUUCCCGGGGGUAGGCAAACCUGGUGCCGCGGGGCUGCAGGGACCCCCGGGAAAGCCUGGGGCUCUCGGUCCUCCCGGCCAGCCGGGGCUCCAGGGGCCACCGGGCCCGCCCGGGCCCCCAGGUCCCCCGGUUAUCAUCCCGCCCACUCCACCAGCCGUGGGACAGUACCUGCCUGAGGUGGGGCCAGGGAUAGAAGGCUUGAAGCCCCCCUACGGCUACAAGGGCAAGAAAGGCAAGGCUGGCGGCAUUGUCUACGAGAUGCCCGCGUUCACGGCAGAGCUCCUCACGCCCUUCCCCCGCGUCGGGGUGCCCGUGAAGUUCGACAAGCUCCUGUACAACGGCCGGCAGAACUACAACCCUCAGACGGGCAUCUUCACCUGCGAGAUCCCCGGCGUCUACUACUUCGCCUACCACGUCCACUGUAAAGGCGCCAACGUGUGGGUGGCGCUGUACAAGAACAACGAGCCGCUCAUGUACACCUACGACGAGUACAAGAAGGGCUUCCUGGACCAGGCUUCGGGCAGUGCCGUGGUGCAGCUGAUGCACGGAGACAAGGUUUACGUUCAGAUGCCAUCCGAGCAGGCGGCAGGACUCUAUGCCGGGCAGUACGUUCAUUCGUCUUUUUCAGGGUAUUUAUUGUAUCCCAUGUAAAACAAAACAGACACACACACAACACACACACAAAAUCAAAACCUUUCUCCUCUGCUUCAAACUUUUAUACAACAAAAGACGCAUUUUAUGACCAUUUUGGACCAUCUUGUACAAAAACAAAAAAAAAUAAUACAAUGUUUAACAUUAUACACAGCUAGUUAUUGAAAAAAAAAAAAAAAAAGGUAUGGUGAACAUUACUAAAGAAGUGUAUCAGGUUCAUAAACAGUUGUUUUGCACCCAAGGGGGACAUAUUAGCUGUACAUUAUAUAUUUCUGCAGUGCCAUGCUUACUUAAUUUCAUUCACAGUAAUUCAGUACUAAAGUUCAAAUCACUCUAUUUCACUCACUCCUUUUGCAUUGAUCAUAGUUAUGAGAUGAAAAACAGUGACUUAAAGCAGAGUAGGUCAGACUCCAAUUAUAUUUUAAAAAAUUGAGUGGCUUAUUUGUCUGGGUGGGGGCUUUUUCUUGGGUUUUUUACAGCAGGUCUACCUGACAUGCAAGGGUUCAAGAUCUUAACUGGAGACUUGUAUUUCACUUCUCCUAUAGUAAAAUAAUCCUGCAGGUGUGGGUUUUUUUCCUGAACAAUUUAUUUAUGAUGGAAGAGGAAUCCUGAUGGCACGACCAUUCCCCCUGAGCCUUCUCCAGCAGUCAUUGGACCUAAAAUGUCACCACAAACUUCAGCAGGCAUUGGUUUCACCUCCAAAUGCCAUAGCACUUGAAAAGUCUCUAUUCUCUAUUCACACAGCUCAAGUAGAUGAGGUCAAUCUCCCUGAUUUACUUCUGCCAAGUCUUUGAGACAUUUUGGCCAACACAUGGCAAUACUUCAGGGUGGCAAAAAUCUGCUUGGAUUUCUGUGCUUGUACCAAGAACCCAUUUGGCUUGUUAGAAGAUACACCUAUUCUGCCACUCAGCAAAAGCUCAAUCAGUUUGCUCUUCAAUGACUAGGCAAAGCAGAAGUAGCUCUGUUUGCUUAACUGAUUUGUUGCUUGAUAUCAACCAAUAACUUUUCUGGCAAUACUGAUCACACAAAUUUAUCCAAGAACUUGGUUCUAUCUAAAAGCUGAUUUCCAAUCCUUAUUUAUAUGUUACCCGUUGUCAAGAAGAACCUGCAGGCCUCAAUACUUUUCUGUACUUGAGGACAGCGACUUCUGUGCACAGAGUCUCUGUCUGCUCAUCAAUGGUGCUAAUCUCACCUCAGCAAGUGUUCUGUUUCCAGAGGGCAGUGGCCCUUGCUGUGGUUCCCUGUACAGUGCUGCACAGCACACACAGCUGCGCUAGUUCAAGGAGUUAAGUGCUCAUCACUUCUUCCAUGUCUUUAGCUUUUGAUUCAAAAAUGAACUAGAUUUUUUCAUGAAGAACUAAGAUUGGAUUUAACUGGCAUUACCAUUAUUUAAAUGCAAAGUUUAAUGCAGUCUAACAUUGACUAAGGACUCCAGUGAUAUAAUGUGGUGCUUUAUCUCAGAAAUUUUAUGGAACGGUGGCAGGAAUGGACAGACAGUUUACCAGACACUCGUGACUUCAGUAUGUUCCUAGAAUAUAUGAGAUGUGUCAAAAGCAAAUAAUUUUGUAUUUAAAAUUUUUGUACUGAUUUGAAAGAAACACCUUAUUAAAUAUCUUUAAAAAUAAAA